GCCAUCUUUACCCAAUAUCACCUUAUAGCACCUCUCAAUGGCGUAAACCCUAAAUACGCACAGAGUUGAUGUAGUCCCGCCAUCUAUACCCAAUAUCACUUUACGGCCACUGCGAUUCAUCUUUAUUAACAUUACGUAUACUAUUUUCACGAAUAAAAGCACCACCGACUGCAAUCUUUUCAUGCUCAAAUCCCAGAUUUCUCCGUUUCUGUACCGCUUCAUUUGUCCAAAUUUUUAGUAGUUUUUACAACCAGAAAUCUCAUCUCAAUUAUAGUCUUUUAAUUCAAUAAUUCUCUUUCUUUAUAUCUUUACUUUCUGGAAGAACCGAGCAGAAUAUCAAUACAAUGGUGAAAACCAAAGCCCAAUCGAAGAAGCCGCAAAAACGCGGAAUAGACUUCAAAAAAAUAAAGAGGAAAAUUGGUCGAAAAUUGCCGCCUCCGAAGAAUGCUACAAACACCGAAAUCAAAUCCAAAGCAAUAGUUCUUCCGGAGCAGAGUGUAGCCUCUGAAAAGGCGGGUUUAGCAGUUAGCAGAAAGGGUUUAACAUUGAAGGAGCUGCUUCAGCAGACAAGCCAUCAUAAUUCUAAAGUCCGGAAAGAUGCAUUGAUAGGUAUUAAAGAUAUAUUCCUUAAGCACCCUGCCGAGCUAAAAUUGCAUAAACUUGCUGUUAUAGAGAAACUGCGUGAACGCAUUGGAGAUGAUGAUAAGUUGGUCCGUGAAACACUGUAUCAACUUUUUAAGUCAGUAAUAUUCCCUGGAUGUAAAGAGGAUAACCAGGGACCAUUGAUUUCCUUGAUGAUGGCAUACAUAUUCAAUGCAAUGACCCAUUUAGCAAUUGAUGUACGCUUGAUGGCUUUCAGUUUUUUUGAUCUUGUUGUCCAGUACAAUCCCUCUUCAUUUUCCUUAUAUGCUGAAAAGAUUCUCCAGAAUUAUGAAGACAUUCUGCGCAAGAAUCAAAUUUUUCUAGAGGAUAAGAGCAAGUUAAAGAACACUUUUGGUGGACUGGUUCACUGCUUGUCAUUGUUGCAAUUUGAUGAGAGAGAAAAUGACUCGUCAUCUAAAAAUAAUACUCCUGCUGGAGACAUUCUCCAUGCUUUUGAGUCUGAGGUUUCCAGAGAACCGACCAGAUUUACUGAAGUUACCAAGAAAUUGAAGGAUCUUUUGCCCAUACUAGUUACUUGUUUUCAAGAUUUCAUGCCCAUGGUUCACACAAUUUCUCAGCUUGACGCACAAUCAUUUGACAGUAUGCUAUUGAUACUUCAAAGCAUAGAUCUCAUAGUCAGGUUUUUGGUUUGGGGGAUUGGUAGAAGCCAACAACAUACACAAACUCUUCUGCCUCCUUGGCAGAAGCCUGACACAACUACUAGCGAUCAAUUUAUCUCACUAGCGGUGCUAAAGAAGUUGUGGGAUAUUUUUCCCCUAAACUUAGUUCAUCACCAAUCAAAAAAGGAUGAUGAUCGUAUAUUCAUGCUGAAUAUUGUAAUUACUGAAAUAUUUUUGCAAUUAAGUAACUGGAACUACCCUUCCCCCGCUUUGCUGGAAAAGUUUCUGGAAUUCAUUGAGAGAUCACUAUCUACAAAGACACAGUCAAAUAAAGGGUUUAACGAAAAACACUUACUGCCACUUAUAUCCUACAUCCCAAAACUAACCAUCGGAAUUUCAGGUCAUUGGAGAUCUCGUAUUCUCCAGUCUUUUACAGAGGCUUUCAUGAACUGCAAUCCAGAGUCUUCAAUGAAAUUAGCUUGCCUUUCUACGAUCAACGAAAUGCUUGAUCCUGAAAAAAACUGGCUAUACAUGGAUAGAACUGAUCCUACAAUAUUAGACUAUCAGAUCACUUGGAUACGGGAGCUUGCUCCAUUGCUAACUUUGUUAGGUGACAAAAACCCUACAUGUUCCAAGGCUGUGUUGAGCCUUCAACUUCGCCUGGGACAAGCUGCCCCUCCCAACUCUCCAUUUUCUCAGGAAUUUGACAACAUGCAGUACAUUAUGAGAGACUUUUACAGUAGUCAUAUAGAUGAAAGAAGUUUAUCCUAUGGUCCAUUCAUAAGGCUCGCUGAAGAUGUUCAGGAAAUCUCAAUAUGUUGCCUUUAUUAUUUCUCUUUCAUGGACUCACUUCUCCUGCAGUCACUUGUUCCAUGUUGCUUGUGUCCUGAUUUGGAGCCAUCUUUACUUUUUAGAAUCUUGGAAGUUCUGCACUCGGCUUAUAGAGCUGGGCACAUCCAAGUUGCUGACUAUAUUAGCUUUCUCGUCACUCUACUCUCACAGUUCCAAGUUUAUCCUGAAGAGACCUAUCCUGUUGUGAAGCAUGAAGCAAGGUCAAAUCGUGGGACUUAUAAAUCCGUUACUAGUAUUGUUUGCUCUUGCUUGUCACAGAUUGGUGAUGCUCAUCUUGUUUUCCAAAUGCUGGAAAAAAUAAUUGUUGAUCUGAUUUGUGCCAAACAACCGGUGGAUAAUAUGUGCGGUCUUCUCAGACUGCUUAUCACAUUCGACUCCAAACCCUCAAAACUUUCUGAAGAGAGUAUCAUCAACAUGAGUCACACCCUUCCAGAAUACUUGAUGGAUAUUGUAUCCAAUGAUCAGGAAGACGAUCAUGAGCCCAGUACUGCUAUUAGUGUAAAAAGGAGAGAUUAUUACCUACUGCCUCCCUUUCUUCUAUUCCAUAGGAGCAACAGGCUGUUGAGUCUCGUGUUAAAUGUGAUGGGAUCUUGGGUUUCUGAGACAUGUUCAUUGAUUGGUAGUGAUAAUCAGACUUCCUUCACAAUUGAUUCUUCGAGUAGGCUAUGUGCCAUUAUCUCUAUGCUUCUCCUUAUGGAUGAAGAUGUCAAGAUUCAACGGAUUCUUUCAUCGUGCAAGAUGCAAAUUAAGAAUAUAUUGCAGAAUCUGAGCACCUUACUCUCUUCCGUGGAGAUCCAGUUGACCAUAAGAGAAAAGCAUAAGAUUCAAAGUGCUCAUGAUCAACUGAAAGCGGUCACCAGCAAAUUAUUCAGAGACUCAGAACUUGGGAGGAACGGCAUCAGUGAGUGAGUAGUGCGAGUUACAGAGGCAUUCUUUUGAUUUUUUACAUCUGCGAUUUUGUAUUUCUAGCAGAUGUUACUUUUUUGCUUCUGAAAGCAAGAAAAGAAAAUAGCCACAUUGAUUGCUUGUAAGGUUAAUUAUGAAAGGUCUGUAAAUUAAUUACAAGCAAGGAGAUUGUUUGUGUCAUAUUGAUGUUCCGUUGAACUGAA